AUGAAAGACAGAGGAAAAGCAGUGGCAGUAGCUAGUAGUAGUAAUUGGUUCACAACAGAUUACUCUUCUUAUUCAGAUCUUCCAUGUAAAAAACACCCACCUUCUUCUUCAGCGGGAGGAAUUUGUGCUUACUGUCUUAAAGACAGACUUAUCAAACUCGUUUGUUCUGAUUGUGGAGAACAACGUCUCUCUUCUUGUUCUUGCUCUGACAUGUCAUCUUCGUAUACUAGUGCUGAAGUUGGUAGUGUUGGAAGAAUUUCAUUCUUGAUAGAGAAUGAAAAAGAACUGGAUUUUAAUAACCAUAUCCCACACUCAACAGGAAAUAUCAAUAUAAAUAACCCAAGUAGAUCAGAAUCGUCAACCGUUAUCCUUAAAAGAAGCAGUAGCAGUUGUGUUGGUGUUAAGAGAAAUGGGUUUUGGAGAUUUGGAAGAUUGUUUAGGAAGAAAGGAGAAAAGGGAAGUAAUGGUGUUGAGUUUAGAGAGGGUGCUAGUGUUAAUGGAGGCGGGUUUUAUGAGAAAAGUGAGAUGUGGGUUUUCCAUAAUGCGGGUAGUGUUCCAAGGUCUAGAUCUCUUUGUGGUUUCAGAGGUGGUUUUGAUGCUUCAGAAAACGGUUCUAGUACUGUUGGAGGAAUGUCCGACUCAAAAAGAGCUGGAAAUACAGAGUCAGCAAACAGAAAACAAGGGCUCAUUGACUCGAUCUUAGAUGGCCCUAGUGCUGGUGGAGCAGAAUCAGCAAGUGCUUCCGGGACUUCAAUGAAGAAUGAUAACAUUUCAUCACGGAUUUCAGAAAGUGAGGCAUUUAAAGGGUUUAAGAAUGAUGGUGUCAUGGAAUUUAAUGGUGAUCUGGAUGAUCACGACUCUGGCUUUAUUGAUUUAAAGCUUGGGUUUUCAUCAGAGUCAAAACCGGAAUUCUCUUCUUGUCUGAAAAAUAGUGAUCGUUUUGAGACAGAAUCAGGCUUCAGAGUUUCUAAAGAUAGUAAUUUCUCAGAUUCAUUUAGUUAUAUGAGAGGAGAAAGAAUUUUCAGUAAUGGGAGUUCAUGUAGGAUUACAGUUAAUGAAAAAGAAAUCAGUAAGUGCAGGAAAAGCUUGAAAAUUUGGAAAUGGAUUUUCAAGAAUCAUUCAAGUGGUGUUUGCAAGAAACAUGGAAAACAUUGCAUUAGAUCUUGA